AUGAAAUCUCUGACGAUUAUCUUGUUAUGUUGUGUGAUCUUGGGAACAGUUUCCUGUUUUCCAAACAGUCACAAUCCUGUGUUGAUAGAAAAACAAUCAGAAAUGAAUCCAGAUUUGGAAAAUUCUGAAACAAAAUCGGAUACAGUAGAAGAAGGAGUUGAAAGAACAAAAUUAAAAGCAACAACUCAAUCAGCAGAUACUUCAGAUGCUUCAGAAGUUGAUGGAACUACAAUCAAAAGUUCUAAACAUAAUAAAAAGUCAAAUCAGGAAGAAACUCCACCCACGAGUAUAAUUUCAGAGCAAACAGACGCCGUAACAGCUGAAGAACUUGCAACUACUACAUCAAUAAAAUCAUCUUCUACUGAAUCAACAAUGUCAGUAAAUUCCGAACCCUCAGCGGAAGUUCAAACAACGAUGACUCCAUUAAAAACUGAAUCAACUACUAUAAUGACGUCAACAAUCACAACGUCACAAACAUCAUCGAUAGAAGAAAAUGUAUCGACAGCGGCAUCAUCAAAUCCUGAAACAAAUGCUGAAACAACAACAACGGAAAGCACAACAACUUUCAUUCCCGAAACCACAACAGUUCUUACAACAACUAUUCCCGUUGAAACAACAACGAUGGAAAGCACAACAAUUGUACCUUUCACAACACAACAACCAACAACACAAAUCAUUACGACAACCAUUCCCGUUGAAACAACUACAAGUGAUUCAUCUUCUCAUAAUAAGAAAAUUAGUUUCUUCAUCGCAUCAUCACUUUCGAUUGUUCUUCUCAUUAUUUAA